AUGCCUGUAUCAGAUACGGUCUCCCUUUCUUCAUCGCUAUCAGCCCAAUCAAUCGGUGAUCAUGCUAACGAUCCUCAACAGAAUGAAAAAUCCACCAGCUCUUCAGACGAAUAUUUCGAAACAGACGUCGAAAGAAACCAACUAGGGGCCUAUACCAAAGAUAAUGAUACCGAGGAUCACGAUAUAGACAAUUUGUCUCGUCAAAUGUCCCGUAACGCUGUCCAGGAAGUCCCUUUGUAUAUGUCCGGGGUGGUUGAUGAUGCCGUCAGUCGUCAGAUCUCAAGGUUUUCUCGUCAACCUCAGGCAAAUGACAUGCCAAUUGCUAGCAGAACUACAACCAGAAAUACUAUCACUAAAACAAAAUCAGCCCCAAAUAAUUAUAAUCCCGACCUCAAACUUAGUAAGUUCCGCAGAACUGCAAUUCUUGUAUUAUCUGCGUUAUCGGGAUUCUUAUCACCAUUGUCCAACGUCUCUUUUCUUCCAGCAGUUUCCUACAUUGCUAAAGAUUUUCAUACCACCGGUACCAUAAUUAAUAUUACCAAUGCAGUUUACAUGGUGUUUAUGCUGACAUCUCCCUGUAUCUUUUCUCCACUUUCCGAUAUUUAUGGUCGUCGCCCGGUGUUUUUGGCUUGUUUGGUUGGUUACGUGGUCUCUAGUGUUCUCACCGCAGUAUCUCAAAAUUUGGCAAUGUUUUGGGUAUUUAGAUCAGCUACUGCAAUCUUUGGUACCGCAUUCUUUUCUGUUGGGGCCCAUGUAAUUGGUGAUUUAUACCCUCCAGUGGAGCGUGGGCGGAAAAUCGGGCUUAAUGUUCUCGGGGCACAAUUGGGUAUUGCUAUUGGUCCAAUAAUGGGUGGGUUAGUAGUCACUUGGGCCAGUUGGAGAAUUAUCUUUUUUGUCCUUGCCGGUGUUGGAUGUUUCAACUUUGUUGGGGUUUUCUUUUUGAUGCCGGAAACCGCUAGACAAACAGGGAUGAACCAAAUUUUGAAAGAAACUGAAUCUACUAAAAAGUUUGUGUUCGUACCAUUUAACCCAUUGAGAAUUUUGCGUUCUUUUGCCUAUCCUAACCUUAUUCUUGCGGGGUUUGUUAGUAGUGCCAUUCUCUACUCCAUGUACAAUUUGCUUACCCCAAUCAGAUACGUUGUUGAUCCUCGUUUCCACCUUGAUACUCCAAUCUACGGGGCAUUAUUCUACCUUGCACCAGGUGUCGGGUUUAUCCUUGGUGCUUAUUUUGGAGGAAGAUUAUCAGAUUACACUGUCAAAAAAUGGAUCAAAAAGAAAGGCAAACGUACCCCAGAAGAUAGAGUCAGGGCAUUGCUUGCCAGUACUUUAUUUGUUAUGCCGAUAGCCACAAUUAUUUAUGGCUGGACUCUUGAAUUCGAAAAAGGAGGGUUUGCCGUUCCAAUCAUUGCCUUGUUUUUCUAUGCUUUUGCUCAGUCAAUUUCAUUUCCUGCCAUCAACACAUAUUGUGUUGAUUCCAUGCCAGAGCUUAAAGGGGAUGCUAUUGCCGGGAAUUAUUUUGCGAGAUACAUGCUAGCCAUUGCCAGUAGUGCCAGUUGUUUACCGGCAAUCCAGACAAUUGGAGUUGGAUGGUGUUGUACUAUUGGAGGGUUUAUCACAUUCGCUGGCGGGAUUUGUGCACUCAUUUUAGUCAAGUUUGGUGAAAAAUGGAGAAAAGAAGCGUUGGUAAGAAAGGGGUAUAGAAAAGAAGGCGAGGUUUAUGCCUAA